CAGCGGGCGCGGUGUUCAACAAGAAACAGCUGAUCAGCACGUGUGUGAGGCAAGCACCUGCAGCUCCUCACUUUCUUCCAGGAUUUCUUCGAGAUACCUGGCGAUUUAGUGGUUUCUUUCCCGCCUGAGGUCCGUUUGAAGUCACCAGGAGACAAGGAGGACGAGGAGAUAGUUCAUUAAACCUUCAGGAAAAAAUGUUUUGGGGUUUGUCACUUGAUCCAGCCAAGCGCUACGCAAAGGUUGUAGAUGAUGCCUUCCAUAUAUCAGCUGCCGUGCUCGACACCACCUCUGUUACAGAUGAUGAAAUUAUCAGGGUCAUGGUAGAAGUGGAAGGCUAUGAGACACUCAUCUGCAAUCUGAGCAAAAAGUUGGGCAUCUUGCAAUGCCCACUUGACUUGCAGUUCAUGGAGGGCAGCCGCAUUGCCUUCUACACCCUGGGAGGUAAGGGUGUCGUCCACCUCUCGGGGUACGUCAUUCCUGACUUGGAGGAUGAGCUGGAUGAGGAGGAAGAGGUAGAGGAAGAAGAGGAAAAUAGUGAUGAGGAAACGCCAGCCCUUGUGCCGAUAAACAAGAAGAGAAAGCAACUGGAAAUCAAAGGAACAGAUGCAAAGAAAGCGAAAGUGUUGCUGGGUAUGGAUGAGUUUGUAGAUGGCGAAGAGGAUGGGGAUGAUGACGAUGAUGACGACGAUGAGGAGGAUGAAGACAGUGAUGAAGAAGGAGAGGAAGAGGAAGAGGAGGAAGAUGAUGAUGAGGAUGAUGAUGACGAUGAUGAACCGGAUGAAGAAGAGAAAGAGAUGAUGGAACAAAUGAAAGCUGCUUUAAGUGCAAAACCAAAUAAGAUGAAAAAUGAAAGUCCAGGUAAUAAGACGCCAAAAGGAAAGCCCGAAACUCCUGGAAAUAAAGUGCAAACGCCAAAAGCCAAAGGCGAAAGUACAGAACAAAAAACCCCAAAAGCAAAAGAGAAAGCAAAACAAGGUGCGAAGACUCCCGAAGUGAAGAAAGCUGAAAACAAAACCCCGAAGAAGGAGGCGGUUACCAUGAAUGGGACGCCAAAGCAGAAGAAGCCUGAAAACACACCAGCCCAAGAUAGAAACUCCUGGAUCGCAAACCCAAAGACGAUGAAGAUAGGCGGGAUGAAGGUUGAGGAGCUAAAAGUCGGCAAGGACCAAAGGCUAAAACCAGGAAAUAUGGUGUUCAUGUACUAUGAGGGCCGAUUCCCCAAUGGCAAAAUGUUUGACAAAUGCCAAGUAGGCAAGGGCUUCGGUUUCCGGCUAGGGAGAGGCGAAGUAAUCAAGGGUUGGGAUAUGGCUAUUGUAGGCAUGCAGCCCGGAGGAAAGAGAAAGAUUGUAUGCCCACCUAAGAUGGCGUAUGGUGAGCGGGGAGCACCACCAGACAUCCCACCCAACUCCACUCUAAUCUUUAAUAUAGAAUUAAAAACCAUUAAGUAGAUAAGAAAUAUUAGUUGGAGCAGCACUUUCUUAUGCUAUAGAAAGGAGAUUUUGGUGCUUUUUUCGGUCUUUCAUUUCUCCACUUUCUCUUCCGGUUAGUCGUUUGUUUCUCUUCUAUUUUAAAAGAAAAACGAUUGUAAUUAUUAUUAUUCUUAUUGGUAUUCCCUGUUAUUAUUCAUCUCUGUUUUUUCAUCGUCGUUUUUUUGUGUGACAUACACUCCGUAGUUCACAUUAUAUGUAAGAUAGUAGUAUAACAAGUGAUAUUUGAGGGAAGCAAGUACUACUCUGAGUAGGAUGAGGAUAUUUGCAUCGUGUGUCGUACUGCAAACUCCAUUACAGUAUUGCAUUUUCCUCGUUGCUGGUGUUAUGGUUCCCUUCUUUGAGUGACUUAUUUUGUACUCUUAAUUUCCAAAAUAUGGUAAAGUGUCGAUGUUACAGUGUUGUUAUUGUAAUCCGUUACAAAUUAGACUGCAUUUAUUCUUUCCGUUUGUGAAGCAAGAGCAAGUAUAUUUUGUUUAUUGAUAUUUUUUUUUUAUUCUUUUUUUUUUUUUUUUUUUUUUAAUGGUCUGAAAGAUUUGUUAAUUGUCUGGCGAGUGUGACAUUGUUCGAAAAUAUUUAAAAGAAUUAAUAUAUGGAAGUGGAUUUUGAACUUGGAUAUAGUGAAGGUUAUGACUGGUAUUUUCUCUAUUUUUCUUUUCAAUUCUAUUUUUUCUUGAUGUUUGAAAGCCCAAAAUAUAGAAUGUAUAACUGUUAAAAAGCAAUGUUAAAUAAACAUUGGAUGUUUUGAAACAUUUCCAUAUUAAUAUGUA